CUUUCUCUACAUUCCACCUAUCAACUCUUCACUUUUCACUUUUCACUUUUCACCAUCCCUUUCUAAACACGACAGUGAGAUAUAGAACAGUUUGAACAAGAACAAGAACAAUACGAAUAUUACAUAGUUCCAAUCUUCGAGUAAGAAAAGGACGUUAAAGUAACUUGACUUGAGAUUUAAUCAUCAUGUCAGACAUAUAUUCUUUUACCGUUCAACUACCUAAAGAUACCAUCCCUCUAUUCGAACAUAAAGACAAGACGUUGUUAUUCGUCAAUGUAGCUAGCAAAUGUGGCCUCACACCGCAAUACAAAGACCUUCAAGCUUUAUACGAAAAAUACAAUUCCAAAGGUCUUGAAAUCAUCGGAUUCCCAUGUAAUCAAUUCAAAGGACAAGAACCAGGUACGGAUCAAGAAGUUUUGGAAUUUUGUCAAUUGAAUUAUGGUGUUACUUUUCCUUUGGCCGUCAAGGCGGACGUUAAUGGACCUGAAACUCAACCACUUUGGGCUUAUCUCAAAUCUCAUGCGGAACCACCCGUCGAAAAUAUCGAUUGGAACUUUUCCAAGUUUUUAGUUAAAGAUGGUAAAGUUGUGUGGUUCCCCGCUAGGAGCACUAAAGUUAACGACGUUGAAGCUGCUCUAGGUUUGUAGAAUGUGUAGAGUGUGUACUGUAUCAAGCCGUGUCCAAGGUAUAGUUAAAUAUACAGAUAGAAGUAGGAAAAAGUGAUGCAUCGUAGUUUGAGAUGGU